AAAACUAUACUGCCUGGACAAAAAAUAUAAAACGUUGCCAUUUGGAUUUAAAUAAGUAGAUACUUAGCUUAUGACUGAAUCAUUAUUGCAGUGAUUAAUAACCCUAACUGAUGCAGUGUGUCUCAUUUCUUAAAUCACCAUGUCAGAAGAUGUAUACCGUAGUCGUGGAAAAGAUGUAGGCAUACUAUGUUUUAGAAGAGGAACAUUAUUAACUGACUGUUAGCAAAACAGUAACUGGAUUUGAAUAAAAAUUAUCGUUAUUAUCAACUGAAUGUCAGAUGCAAAUAUAAACGUUUUGGCCGUUGGCAUAGCUAGCUCAAGCGAUUUAAAUAAAAAAGAUGGUCAGGGAUAAAGUUGCCUUUGAUCCUGUAAUGAGAUGUAAGUUAGUGUAUAAGCUACUGCAACUCCACGUGUUGGGCAGGAGGCGGCGCCGAGUACAAUAAUUUCCACUGAAUGAAGAUUAAUAUUACAGUGCCCCAGUAGACCGGGCCCGACUCGGCCAUUUGGCCUCUCUCAGCUCCGAUAACCUGCUAACGAAUGAAGAAACGAGGCUUUGUUGAACGUUGUUAGCCACUGUGGAUGCUCCUCAGAUUCGCGAGAGCCCUUCCUGUGGGAAAAUAAUGUGCUCGAGCUGAAUCUAUUGAUUAUUGUCAAGUUUCUGUCUGCUCUUCCAUAGGAUAAUGAGUAAUCGCUAUGCGGUCAUUGAAGGAGGCGGGUAUCUCACAGACAUCCGGAAUCCGUCGCGGAAUCCAACAGCUGUAUCGCGAAUCAUUGCGCGGCGCUGAGAGUCAAAGCGGCCCGCUGUAGGACCUCGCACCUACCGCAUAUCGUUGUGUGAUGGCCGGGCGGACACGGAUAUUUCGCCACCCGCAGCACUGUUUAUGGAGGAUUACUGUAUGAGACAAUCGUACAUCAUUUACGUGCCUUGAUUGAGACUAAUAUUUCCCAUAAUAUGGCUGAUCAGAGCAACAUUCAGUCCGCCGCCCUCAAAAGCAUCCGGCCGUUUAAAUCCAGUGAGGAAUACCUGUACGCCAUGAAGGAGGAUCUGGCUGAAUGGCUGAAAACGCUGUACGAAUUGGACAUCACGGCGGACACUUUUAUGGAGUGUCUGGAGACCGGCUGCGCGCUCUGCCGGCAUGCCAAUAACGUUAACCGCGCCGCCCACGAAUUUAAGGCAAAUUAUCCAGAUGCGGCGCAGUCGCUACGGAUACCCAGCAAGGAUGUGGUCUUCCAGUCGAGGAACGUCAUACCUGGAUCUUUUUUGGCCAGGGACAACGUGUCAAACUUCAUCGGCUGGUGCAGACAGGAGCUCUGGAUCAAAGAUGUGCUCAUGUUCGAGACCAACGACCUGGUGGAGAGAUGUAACGAGAAGAACUUCGUGCUGUGCCUGCUGGAGGUGGCUCGCCGGGGGGCCAAAUUCGGCAUGCUCGCACCCAUGUUGAUUCAACUCGAGGAGGAGAUCGAGGAAGAGAUACGGGAUCAGGAAAACCUGACGGAGGCUCUUGGGGAGUCGAGCCCGCCGAACAGGACGUUUGGCCGAAAAGAGAGCAUUGGCGAGCCCGACCCAGAACUGUUGGCCCGCUGGCAACAACAGCAGAAGAGAGUCCUUUUGGAUAUGCGCAACCUGGACGAACUGGUGAGGGAGAUUCUGGGCCAGUGCUCCUGUCCAUCACAGUUCCCCAUGACCAAAGUAUCAGAAGGGAAGUACAAAGUGGGCGACUCCAGCGCAUUGAUCUUCAUUAGGGUGUUACGGACUCAUGUGAUGGUGCGUGUGGGUGGAGGUUGGGACACACUUGAGCAUUACCUCGACAAACAUGAUCCCUGUCGCUGUGCCGCGUUUGCUCACCGGUAUCAGCAGUGUAAAGCGAGUGGUCAGGGUCCUCACAGCAAGAGCUCCAGCACUCACUCCUCCCGCUCUACAAGCCCUGGACCUCACUGGCGCAAUGAGGGCAUAGCCCCCUACAAAACCCCAGACAGGCGCUCUUUAGAUCCUGCAUUGGGGUCCACUGCCCAUUCCUCACCCUCACGGCUUGGCAGGUCACACCAUGCAGCUGUGCCUGUGGAGAUGGAGAUUAACACUGGGCGACCCACAACACUCCUGCCACAACCCCCACGAGACAGAUCAGAGCCACGGCACUUUAAUCCCCUCAGGAGUAAGGAAUCUCUUUUUCCAAGAACUCGCAGGCUUUCAGGGGAUAGUGACUCCUCUACAGCUUCCUCUAAAGGUGGAGGAGGCAGCACAGGAGGAGGUCGCUUCUCUUCGGGUACACGGCAUAGUCAUGGAGAGGAGGUCGUGCUGGUGGUGAACCGUAAGGAGGGGAAGCAUAUUAUUGAGCGUCCUGGAGCAGAGACACAGAUUUCAGCACUGAGAACUCUUAAGACCCGCGCUCGCAGUGUAUCUAGAGAGCGCCAUGGGCCGCAGUCCACCUCUGUCCUGAAACCUAGCCCACCCCAAAGAUCAGCAGAGGUAAAAUGCAUCUCUCACACAGAGAGGGGCAGAUCCAUGGGACCUGAAGGUCCUCGGAGGCUACAGGCCCCACGCUCCCUCAGCCAGGGCAAGACAUUUAGAGGCCGACUGGGUGAGGUCAGUCCUGGGUCUUCACCUCGCCACAGAGACCCCCUGCCUCUUUCCAUGGAUCGGAAAGAGGAACUGAGGCUCAAGCAUGUCCCCCCAGCAUCCUCAAGAAUAUGCGGAAACUUUCCAAGAAGACAGACGUCUGGCUCUGCCUCUAACUCGCCCGUAAAAGGCACCACCAUUGGAAGUCCUGGGAAGAAGGGGAUGAUAACGCCACGACCCCCUGCUCCAUGUUCACCUUCCUCUGUGAGUCAAAGGUUGCUUCCAUCUGUCACUCAGGCAGGGCGGCGCUCUCCACAUGCUUCUCCACGAUCAAGUCAUCACCAUCCACCAUAUUCCCCUCGAACUACACACAAUCCACAAUCUCCAGGAAGAGACCAAAGAGGGUGGGUAAAUCCCAACCACCAGCUGAAGGAGAGCCAGGAUGAUAACAGUAUUUUUAGUUUACACCUGCUGCCAAUUCUGGACCCCCAAAGGGAGCAAGACCUGUAUCGAAGCUUUGAGAAUGAGUUCCUGGCCAACACACAACAAGCCAGGGCUGGAGAGGGUAAAGAAUCCACUGGAAGGGAAAUAGGGUCCCUACAGCUUCCUGUCCCCCAACCAGGUUUUGGGAUACUCCCAACCUCUACAGGUGACCCUAAUGUUACAGACUCUGCUUACUCUUCCUCUAACUCUUCAACAUCUUCUCUCAAUGUUGGAGGCAAGGUGGGAGUGCUUCCUGAUUUGCGAGAGUCUAAACGGACUAACCCUCGUGGCUGUGCUCUCGAGGACCCUCCCACCCUUCUCCAUAGCCAGAUUCACGGAGGCCUCCCCAAUGUGGGACUGCUGGAGGGAGAAAGAUGGGGUGGUAGAGGUGGAGGUCUCUGUAAGCUCCCAGCCAUCUCCAGCUCCACAGAGGAAGGUGAGCUCCCACAGGCCUCAAAUCAAGGCCUACUCAGGACCCAGAUGUCUCAGUCUGUGUGCCUCCACAAAGUUCUCAAUGGAAGCCAUGGGAGUCUCACUCUGGCAGAGGUGCCAAUGGAGAGCCAGCAUGACCUGGUGGACUGGGCUGGGGAUGAGGGUGAUGUCCCACAAACUGAAGAUCACCCUGACCUACCAUAUGAUCCAAAUGCUGACCUGCCACUUCCAGAGUCAUUUCCCUCCCCGCCACCACCUCCAGAUGACUGUUCCUACCAGGACUCCUCCAGUGAGAGUUCCUCCAUGUGCUUCAGUCUGAGUGAACCUCCAUCUGAGGGCUCAUGCUCUUCUCCUCCACCACUGGCCAAUGGGGAUGCUGAUGGUGCAGUGAUCCUCCUGGCCAAAAGGGGUCAAAAGAAGGCAGAAGAGGUACCCUCCAUAUACAAGAUUAAUCUGCAGUCGCGGAUCAGACCUCGCACUGACAACAGACCUGACAACAGCCCGUCCCGCAUCCCUACUCCAGUAAGAUACAGAAAUCAUUGUCCGCAUUCUCCUGCCAACUCAUCCCCCCUGCAGACCCCACCACAAUCCCCCUGUUCAAACCGUCAUCAACCCUCGCAGAAAGCUCUGCACCAGGCCUUUGCAGACCUCAUCCAAACCCAGCAGCGAUCCCCGGCAAUGGGCUCUAGAGAGCAUGCCUUCUCUUCAGAGUCCAGCUUGGACACAGAAGCCUGGAUGUAAUAAAACAUGGUGGUAUGGAGGAUUAUGAUGAUGUCUGUGAACCUUCUCUCAGAAUUUACAGCUUUACAUUCAAAUUAGAGAGAAGAGUGGUUGAAAAAAGCACACUUAUAAUGACUAAGAGACAAUGCACAUCUGAAUAUUAUGUCUAACAUGUAGCAGGAUACUGUCAUUUCACUGGUGACAUAAAAUUGCCCCAAAGUGGUUAAGAACAUUACCAACUCCAUUCUUGAGAUCUUUGACCAACAUAGCCUAUUCAUAGCACCAUCUUGGCUAUGUCUAAUUCCUUCAGGUCAUAAUUCUUUCCUUUGGGUUUUCUAUUUGAGAAAGAAAAUGUCUGCAUUUCCCUUCAAAAUGAGAGAACUUACAGGUUUUACCAAAAACGCUGUGCCCUUCAUGGCCUUAGGGUUAAUUUUUUAAUUUUUCUCCAUGAGAACUUUUUUUUUAGUUCGGUUUUCUUUUUUACAACAAAGUAUGAAAUGUUACUUUCUACGUUAAUCAGGGAAUUGUAAUAUACAGAGUGCACUGUAUAAUUGGGGAUGGUGUUUUAAAUAGAGAUUAAGAGCUUUAGAAUCUCUAGAGCAUAUAAGAUGGAGUGGUGAUGUCUUGUUGGUGUAAUUUUAUGUGCAUCUUCUAACAAGAUGGAUGCCAUUAUGAAGUUUCACCAGACUUCCAUUUGGUAUCAGAAUGGCAAAAACAGUUAAAUAACUGUACUCUGAUUUAGAUAAUUUUGCUAAAUAGCAUAUCAUAUAAACUGACAUAUCAACUCUGUUUUGGGGAUCUCUCAAAAGCAUUUGAGAGGCCAAAAAUCCAUAAGUUAUCUGCUUGCUUUACUUCACCUUGAAAAAAGAUGUAGGCAAGUAUGUUGUAUUUGUGUAUUAUUUUCUGGACAAACUACAAAGGUUAAUGUAUAGGUUUAUAUGUAAUAUAUGCUAAUUUGCUUAAACGUGUGUUUGUGUUAUGUACAUAUACUUAUUAUGAAUUGAAUUUAAGAUUAAUGUAUAAAAUGUAUGCUGUUUAUUUCAGUAUGCUAAUUCUGCCUUAGCUAUGCAAUAUUGAUAUUGAAAGUUGCCUUGACUAAUCUUCUUGCCUUAAAGGAUGAGAAGUUUGUUUGUGUGUGCACGCAUGUGUGUGUGUUCAGGUAUCUGGGUGGUCUGAGUAUGUGAGAUAGCAUAAGUGUCACUAUAUGGACCCUCUGCUUUCACACUACUGUUAACUCUGUGAGACAGCCAAACAUAUAUGUAAUAUAAUAGUAACAACACCACGCUUUCUUAGCACUCCUCUGCUUAGCAAGCCCCAUAUUAAGAUUAAAGGUUUUCUCCACAUGUGAGAAAUGAUGGACCCUUAUUUUAAUGGAUGCACAAGAUGGUGCCAUAUUAAGCAUCAAUAAGAUGUUUUCAAGAAGAUGGAAAUCACUUUAAACUUUUUAUAGAAAGUUAAACAAUUCCAUACUGAGUCCAACAUUGUUUAUAGUUUACCAUGACUUAGUGAUACUUUCCACUGUCAUCAUCAUCUUCAAAAGCUCAGUUUCUAGAGCUUUAUGGCCCCACCAAGUGGUUGAAUGAGUAAUCUACAUUAAGCAAGGGAAAACUUUAUCAGUUCUUUGACUUGUUAACUUGAAUGUUACAGGUGAUGUUUUAAGUGACUUGGAAGUACAGUAUGCAUGCAGACAGAAGUGAGUUAUUAUGAUUUGUUUGUGUUAUAUUCAAACACUUCUAUUCUGACAGGUACUGUACCAUUGCAUAAAAUGGGGAAAACAUUGACUCUUAAAAGUAAUUACACUACAUACAUAUUGGUUUGGUAUUGGAUUGUGUUUAUUUAUGUGAAAGGAAUAAGUCUUUAGACCUUGGUAAAUGGCUGUGGGUGAAUUGUUUUAUCAUAAAGGGAUGAUGUUUUAUGUUUCUGAAUGAAUGGUUUAAUUGUUUUACUUUUGGCAAGUUCUCAUUUACAGCUGUGUAUUUAUGGGCUCAAGUGUUUUAUAAAGAGAUAUUCUAAUGUUUAUUCUGAUGAUCAAAAGUAGUCUUGGGGCAAAUAUUUGAAAGGGUUGGAUUUCAGUGUUCUUUCUAGCCUAAAGGCCUGCAACAAUAGGAUUAUUACUGUUAGCAUGACCAUUGACACUCCAUAUCACCUCUUCUAUAAAAACUGCAAUGCAUCAAUGCACAUUGCUUCUAUGUCCAGUGUCAUCUGUGGCACUUUAGGGCAUUAUUAAAUGUCAAACCUAGGUAUAAAUAAGGACUAUAAAACUUUAUACAGUCUUUCAGAUUAUAUUUAAGGUUGCUGUGCCUAUUUCUCAUUUUAUUCAGACAUACUCAUACUCUCCCAACAACAAUUAAACUGCAUUCAGUUAUCUUUCCAGUAUCUAAUCAUUACCUGCCAUGUGUUUGUACAGUUAACUCACUAUGAGCUGCAAUUGUAUUUUCAGUUUUUCUUUUCUGUAAAAAUCUUACAGAAACAAAAUAUGUGUUUUUUUCAUCUGCAAUGACAUUCAUUAUUAAUUCCUAGAAAUAUUGAGAUAAAAAAACUGCCUGGCCAAAAAACAAAAAGAGUUGCAUAGGCUACUCUAAUAUUUAGCUUUGAUUAUGGCGUGCAUUCGUCGUGGCAUUGUUUUGACAAACUUAUGCAAUGUCACAACAUUUAUUUCCAUUCAGAGUUGCAUUCAUUUUUGACAGAGAUCUUGUAUUGACGUCGAGAGAGCUGAACCACUCCGUAAAGUCUUCUCCAGCACAUCACAAAGACUUUCAAUGAGGUUAAUUUCAGGACUCUGUGGUGGCCAAUCCAUGUGUGAAAAUGAUUCCUCAUGCUCCCUGAACCACUCACAAUUUGAGCCCGAUGAAUCUUGGCAUUGUUGUCUUGGAAUAUGUCUAAUAUAGACGUCAGGGAAUUAAAAAUCCAUUGAUGGGAUAACCUGGUCAUUCAGUACAUUCAGGUAGUCAGCUGACUUCAUUUUAUUGCUGCAUAAAGUUGCUGAGCCUAGACCUGACCAACUGAAGCAACCCCAGAUCAUAACACUGCCUCCAGAGGCUUGUAAGUGGGCACUAUGCAUGACAGGUACAUCACUUCAUGCACUUCCCUUCUUACCCUGACAUGCCCAUCACUUUGGAAUAGGGUAAAUCUGGACUCAUAGAGACCACAUGACCUUUCUCCAUUGCUCCACAGUCCAAUCUUUAUGCUCCCUAGCAAAUUUAAGUUGUUUUUUCCGAUUAGUCUCACAAGUGGCUUUCUUGUGGCCACACAGAUGUUUAGUCCCAAUCCUGUAAGUUUUCGUCUUAUUGUGCAAAUGAAAAUGCUCUUACUUUCACUAUUAAACAUAGCCGUGAGUUCUACAUUGGUUUUUUUAUGAUGUGACUGUACCAAGUGUUUUAGUGAUCUCUGAUCAUGAUCAUUCAAGAUUUUUUCCGACCACAUUUCUUCUACGAAGCUGGCGGUUCACCACUAUCCUUACAGGUUUUAAUAAUUGGUAGGACAGUUCUUAACACAAUUCCAGUGAUUUCAACAAUCUCCUUAGUUGUUUUCUUUACUUGAUGCAAGCCAAUAAUUUGCCCCUUCUAAAAAAAUAACAUAUUUUCCAUGACCACAGGAUACAUCUUCCAACAUGAUUGUUUAAGAAAUGAGACAGACUAUAUCAGUUAGGGUUAAAAUAAUUGUUGCCAGCUUAAACAUGUUAAUCCCUGCAAUAAUGAUCCAGUUAAAGGCUCUUAUCUGCAUAUUUAAACUUUUUUUUUUUUUUUUGGCCAGGCAAUAUAGCCUACACUACAUUGCAUGGAUGGGUUUUUUUCUUUAUUCAUUAUUUGACAUCAAAACUAGAGGUGUUCACAUGCUUUAAAUUGAGAAAACCAGUCUGAUCUGAAUUGUUCAAAUGUUAUGUUCAGAUCUGAGCAACAAAAACGCAUGUCAAAUCUUUGUCAUUCUCUGGUUUCAGUAAAUGAAAAAGCUGUUGGUUAAUUUCAAUUCUGAAUGCCUUUGGAUUUACUUUCAUUUCUACAAUUUGCAUUUUGUUGUGAUUAUUUAUUUUUUGUCUCUAAUUUGUUUAAUGUUGACAAUGAAAUGUAAGGUCUUGACAUUGUGAUGUCUGUAUGUGUUGAAUAGCAAUAUUGCAAGACCAACAUUCCACUGUUCCUUCGAAAGCCAAUUGCUGUUCAUUUAAUUCUUGUAAUAAA